CGCGAAAUUAAGUUUUAACACGUAAAUUUAGUCCCUAUAGAAAAAGUCAAAUCACAGAAAAAAAAAUCAUCGGCAAGUAAUAACAACAACACGUACAGGAUGUGUAACGAAAAUACGCGAAGUAUUAACUGGUCUUACUGGUGAAUCCUGAAAAAUACAUCAGCACUUAGAAUGUUAAAGAACAUACGUGCUUUAAAGCCUGUGUUUCUUCCCGUUUGUAUGGUAUUCAUUCUGUUCUAUCACAUCGAUAAAAACUAUUUUCCACAAAGAGAUCAUUUCAGUUGUAAGAAGAGCCCCAAUCAAACCGAUCGGUGGCUAAUCGUUUUCUGGUCAACCAUUUUCGGAAAACAGCCAGGUAUUGAGCUUAAAUGGAAUAAAAGUGACUGCCCUGUGGCCUGUCAGGUCACAUCUGACCAUUCUCGAGCUUGUGAUGCAGACGGCUUUGUAGUCCAUGCCAGGGAUUCGCACAUGAUACCUCCAACGGAAUCUGUUCCAUGGAUCCUUUACACACAAGAAAAUCCGAUAUACACUUCCGUAAUGAACGACGCCAAGUUUAUGUCCAGAUUUAAACUGUUAGUAAGUUACCGUUUAGAUUACGAUUUUCCUUGGCCAUCCUUUCAUAUGCCAAACGCAACUCCACCUCUUAGGUUUAAGGAAAAGACUAAACUAAUAAUGGCUGCAUUCUCGAACUGUGAGCCAGUGCGAACUGAAUACAUGAGGCAAUUGAUGAAGUUUGUGCAGGUCGAUUCUUAUGGAGAUUGUCUCAGGAACAAACAUGGUCUUGUGGAACGCUAUGGAUCUAGAAACGGAUCAAACUUCUUAGAACUGAAAACUGAAUUAGCCAAGCAGUACAAGUUUACUCUGGUAUUUUUUAACCAGGACUGUGAUUAUUUUGUCGAUGCACAACUGAAUCAUGCUUUGAAUGCAGGUUCAAUUCCCGUUGUGAUGAGUACAGAUAAACUUGACGAGUUCCUGCCCGGCAAUCUACGACAUUCCGUUAUUAAAGUCCGUGAUUUCAGGACUCCGAAAGAUCUUUCUGAUUAUCUGAAGUACCUCAGCAGAAAUGAGACUGAGUAUAACAAGUAUUUGUCAUGGAAAUUGGAGGGAAUAGAAAAUAUCACUGGAACCGCUAUUGAAAACGUUUGGAAGCCAAAGUAUCCGCUUUAUUGCCAGAUCUGUGUGGCACUUUCACAAGGACGAAUACACGAGAAGGGACUGGAGCCAAUACCUUGUAAGGCAAGGGCUUACGAAGAUUGGGGAAUAACACCUAGCAGCCGCACAACCCUCGUCAUGAAAAAUGUAAUGUUACUUUACCUAUUAUCAUUAUUAACACCAAUCCUGAUAUAAUUUGUUAAGGGUGGUUAAGAAGAGCGAAAGGCAUGUAACCAAAAUGUUAAUUUGCUGGAGAAAACUCUCAUACCUUGAUAUCAUGAUUUGAAAGUAAUCGUCUUUGAUCUUUCACAGAAACAGACUACAUCGGUUACUUUUGUCAUCGUGAUAAAACUCGUAGAUUGGAUUUAGUAUAGGUAAUUUCAUAAGGCCGAGUAACAUAAGAUUUCUUAUCACGCGUGUUUUAGAAGUUACGGAAAUUACCAAUUUCUGCAACUUAAGAAAACACAAGUGAUAUCAAUCCUUAACCUUAAUUAUGGGGAAACAUGCUUGUCUAUGAUAAAAAUGACAAAGUUAUCUUUUACUAAGAAGUUAAAAAACGCAUGCUGUUACUUAAUUUCGUGGGAAGCCAUUUCAGUGUUCGGUUAGUGUCAAUGAACUGUAAAACGCGCGAAUCAGCUGAUUUAAAUUCUAAUUUUGGACAACAACGCCAAAGCAAUGAAACCAGCCCCGCUAAAAAACAUUCGCCAUUCAUAAGAUUAUAGUACUUUUGUUUUAAUACUUAAAAUUUAAUUUCUUAUUUUUCAAGUUAUUUUGCCCGGAGCAAGCACCAGAAUUAAUAAAGAAACACCUUCUAUCUCA